AUGGAGCGAGCUGCUGUGAGAUCUGGUCUUCCGAUCUUGCUCCUCGUUCUGAGGUGUAGCUUGAUGAAUUGCGAUGGUGUGGUGGUGAAUGAUCUUGGUGUUACCCCGGGCACAGGAGUGAAAUCAGCAUCUGCUACCCCAACUUUGAGGAGAGGUCUAUCAGUGAGCGUUGACUCUCAAACAAUGUCUGCAACUUCUCCGAGUGGUGGAGCAACGAGUACGAGUCUGCAUGAGGUCGAGGCUUUGAUGAGGUUUCGGAUGAUGAUUGAAAAUGCCACCGCCGAAUUCUCGAGCUGGAAUGCGAACGAUGUUAGUCCAUGUGCGUGGGUAGGGGUUCACUGCGGUUCCCGAGGUCAGGUCAUAGGUCUCAAUCUGAGUCAUUUUCAUCUGCGAGGUUCCCUAUCAUCCUCUCUCGGGCAACUUUCGUCUCUUCAAAGGCUGGACCUCUCGCACAAUGAAUUCUCGGGUCCCAUUCCAAGGUCCCUGGGGGCAUGCUCCUCGAUACAACAUCUCUCGCUCGAAAACAACUCUCUGUCAGGCGAAAUACCUUCAGAAUUUGGCCUUCUGAGCAAUUUGGGUGAAUUGUCUCUUUCUCACAACAAUCUGUCCGGCCACAUACCAGUUUCUUUGAGCAAUUGUUCCAUGGCGAAAGUUCUCAACCUAUCGGCCAACUCCUUCUGGGGGGAGAUACCAUCAGAGAUCGGCCGUUUGCAUACAUUGGCUACCUUGGAUCUCCGUUUGAACAAGCUGUCCGGAAGCAUUCCAGCUUCCUUGAGCAACUGCUCCAAGUUGGAAUAUCUCGGUCUCUCGGACAAUCAUCUGUCAGGACUUCUACCGCCAGAAUUUGGCAGUUUGGGAAGACUGAGGUCUUUGGUGAUAAUCAGGAACAUCCUUUCCGGAUACAUCCCAACUUCCCUGGGCAAUUGCUCCAAGUUAGAAAGCAUCGAGUUGGGAUUUAAUUUGUUGUCAGGACCAAUACCGUCGGAGUUUGGCCGUCUGGGAGGACUGAAACAUCUCAACCUGGUGAACAAUAAUCUCUCGGGCAACAUUCCAGUGUCCUUGAGCAAUUGCUCCAUGCUGCAAGUUCUUGGCCUUACCAGCAACUCAUUGACGGGGCACAUACCAGUAGAGUUUGACCGCUUGAAAAAGCCAUACUAUUUUUUUCUCUCCGAGAACGAUCUAUCUGGCGCAAUCCCACCUUUCUUCACCAAUUGCAGCUAUAUCAACCUUUCGCGCAACAGACUCUCUGGAACGAUUCCUCAACAUUGGUCACACUCGCUGAGGUCUUUGAGUCUAUCCCACAAUUUUCUCGAAGGCCCCUUACCGAACAUGGUAGGCAACCUGUCCGACCUCUACAGGUUGAGUUUUGGCCAUAAUAGAUUGACUGGGCAAAUUCCAGCAAACUUUUGUCCGAGUGGACUUGGGGUGCUCCAUAUGAGGAACAAUCGAAUUAGUGGUCAGAUCCCGCCGUCGAUAGGCAACUGCACAGCGUUGUUCUCCAUGGAUCUGAGUAACAACCUUCUCGUCGGACCCUUGCCUCCGAGUCUGCAGUUUCUUCCAAAACUAAAAGUUUUGGCAUUGGCAUCGAACGAGCUGACAGGAGGAUUUCCAAACUGGAUCACGAGCUUACCAUCUCUCCAGGUGCUGGACCUUUCGAACAACAGUCUUCGAGGCUCACUGCCGACGACCAUCGGCCGCAUGCACGGCUUCAAAGCCCUGAAGGAGAUCACAUCUCCGGACAUGUACGUAUACGACCAGAUAGAAAUCAAUGCCAAGGGCAUGAGACUGCUCCUGGAGAAGAUCGCCACCGUUCGCAUUUCCCUCGAUGUGUCAGGCAAUAAUUUCUCGGGUCCUAUACCGGAGCAGAUCGGGGACCUGCUGGGCAUCCGCUACCUGACGUUGGCCAACAAUUCCUUCGAAGGGGCGUUACCUCCCAGCCUCUCAAAACUGCACUCGCUGGAAUCCUUGGAUGUCGCGGGUAACAGGAUUUCAGGAGUGAUUCCCAACCAACUGGGAGCCAUGAGUGGUCUUCAGUAUUUCGAUGUGAGCUUCAAUAAUGUGACGGGGCCCAUUCCACAGUACACACAAUUCCAAACCUGGGGACCUGAGAAGUUCCAAGGCAAUCCUGGGCUUUGCGGGUUGCCCCUAGAACCUUGCGCCAAUACCAAUACUACGAAUUCUGAGAGCGUGUCUGCUCCAGUUUCCGCGGUUUCCACGGCCACAGAAGUCGGUCCCUCGUGGAUUAUCGGUGAUUCAAUUUCAGGUCCAGCGUGCCUCGUGGGUUACGCUAUCGGAUUCUUCGGAUUUUUGGCUGCCCUUUCAUGCUCGGACUCACUGAGACGGAUUUUCUACUCCUGGUUACGAGAGCCCCACGAUGAUGAUCAUGGCCUUGAAGCUGAUCACUACGGAUUCAGAUUCUAG